UAUUCUACUAACAAUGUUAAUCAAAAUGAUAAUCAAUUAGGUUAUUAUUUAGCAGGACUUAUCGAAGGUGAUGGUUCAAUUAUUGUACCCACUAAAAAAAGAACUGACAAAGGGAGAUUAACACAUCCUGUUAUUAGAAUCGUAUUCUCUUUAUCUGAUUUACCUUUGGCUGAAAAACUACAACAAGUAUUAGGUUGUGGAUUCAUUCAGAAACCUAAAAAAGGUAAUUAUGUAUUAUACGAAAUUCAGAAUCAAGCGGGAUUAUUAAAAUUAACUAAUUUAAUCUAUGGAAAAAUAAGAACUCCUAAAAUUGAAGCUCUUAAUAGACUUAUUGAUUGGUUAAAUAAUAAAAAUGUUAAUGGAAAUAUUUUUGAAUAUUCUGAAUUAGAUUUAAAUACUAGUCCAAUUAUUAAUAAUGCUUGGCUAUCUGGAUUUAUUGAUGCAGAUGGAUCAUUUGAUGUAAAAGUUCGAGAGAAAUCAUAUAAUGGGAAAGGAAAAAAUCGAGUAGAGACUCGAUUACGAAUUGAGCAACGAAUAACUGAUCCAAGUACUGAAUUAUCUUAUUACUCUGUAAUGAAAUCUAUUGCUAAACUAAAUACUUCUCUUCAUAAUGAAGGUAUCGAGUACUACACUGUUUCAGCAACUAGCCCUGCUAAAUUAAAAACAUUGAUUAAUUAUCUAGACACUUAUCCUCUAUUUAGUAGUAAACUACUAAAUUAUUUAGAUUUUAAAUUUUGUGUUAAUCUAAUGUUAUCUCGAAAACAUCUUACUGAACAAGGACGAGAUAAUAUUAAAAUAAUUAAAGCAGGAAUGAAUAGAAAACGAACAUAUUAUAACUGGGAUCAUUUAGAAAAAUUGUCAGAGUAUUAA